AAGUGUUACAUAAACAGCAGAAGUAUCAGCAGAGUUCUCUCUUUGCAAUACUUUUGUUGUGUCUAUAAAGUAGAAGAAAAACCAUUUAACAUAUUGUUGGUACAGAUGAUGCAGCAGAGAGGUAGAAUUAGUAAUUGUAAAUCAAGGACUUUUUCUAGAUCUCGUAUUGCUGUUGAAGGUUGUUAACCUCCAUCUUCAGCUAUUUCCAUUUCUGUAAUUGAAACAUCACAACCUUCUACACAACUAUGGCUCCAGGAAUAGGACAAGAGCGUGAGAUUCAAAAGAGUUAUUGGAUCGAGAAAACUGCUGGACUUAAAUUGGAGGCAAUGAUGCAUGUGCAUGAUCUUGAAUCAUCUGAUCUUGAUAAAGAGGAUAGGCAUGAGGUGCUUUCACUGCUCCCGUCAUAUGAAGGGAAAUCCGUGUUGGAAUUGGGUGCUGGUAUUGGUCGUUUCACAGGAGACUUAGCCAAGAAGGCUGGGGAGCUCGUAGCAGUGGAUUUUAUUGAAGGAGUGAUUAAGGAGAAUGAAAGCAUCAGCGGGCACCACAAGAAUGUCAAGUUUAAGUGUGCUGAUGUGACUUCACCAGAUUUGACGUUUUCACCUGAAUCUGUGGACUUGAUAUUCUCUAACUGGCUACUGAUGUAUCUUUCUGAUGAAGAGGUGCAGGACCUUGCGGAGAGAAUGAUGACAUGGUUGAAAGUUGGUGGAUAUAUAUUUUUUAGAGAGACAUGCUUCCAUCAGUCCGGAGACAACAAGGGAAAGAACAACCCAACUCACUAUCGGGAACCUAGAUUCUAUACAAAGGUUUUCCAAGAAUGUAAUGCUGGAAAAUCAUAUGAACUUUCUCUCGUCGGUUAUAAGUGCAUGGAAACUUAUGUAAGAAACAAAAGGAAUCAAAAUGAGAUUUGCUGGAUAUGGCAGAAGGUUCGUUCUGAUGAUGACAGGGGAUUCCAGCAUUUCUUGGACACUGUUCAGUACAAGUCUAAUGGCAUACUGCGAUAUGAACGUGUCUUUGGGAAAGACUUUGUGAGCACAGGUGGAAUCGAUACCACCAAAGAAUUCGUUGCCAUGUUGGAUCUUCAGCCUGGCGAAAAAGUCCUUGAUGUUGGCUGUGGCAUCGGUGGUGGUGACUUUUAUAUGGCUGAGAAGUAUGAUGUUCAUGUUCUCGGCAUUGAUCUCUCAGUUAACAUGAUCUCAUUGUCUUUUGAACGUGCUAUUGGUCGCAAAUGCGCGGUUGAAUUUGAGGUUGCUGAUUGCACAGUGAAAACAUAUCCUGAAGGAUCAUUCGACGUGAUAUACAGCCGGGACACUAUCCUGCACAUCCAGGAUAAACCAGCAUUAUUCCAAUCUUUCUACAAGUGGCUGAAGCCCGGAGGCAGAGUCCUCAUAAGUGACUAUUGCAAAAAGGCAGGGCCAGCAUCAGAAGAAUUUGCAGCGUACAUCAAACAAAGAGGUUACGAUUUACAUGAUGUUGAAGCAUAUGGACAGAUGCUUAGAGAUGCUGGUUUCAAUGAAGUUAUUGCUGAGGAUCGAACUGAGUUGUUCAUGAAAGUUCUCCAGAAAGAGUUGGAUAUUGUGGAGAAGGAAAGAGAGUCAUUUAUCCAGGAGUUUUCUGAACAAGACUAUAAUGAUAUAGUUGGAGGUUGGAAGGCCAAGCUAGUGAGGAGUUCAUCUGGUGAACAGAGAUGGGGUUUAUUCAUUGCCAAGAAAAAUUGAUUUGUGUCAUUGUGUGUUGUUUGAUUGAACCUUAUUCUUCAAGAAAAUAAAAUGUAAUGCUCCUUUCUCUAAAGUGAGUUAUUGUACACAUAGUUUGGACGGUGGUUUGUCAUGGUUUCAGUAUGUAUAGUACUGUAUGAUAUGAUAUUGUAUUAUAUUGUAUUAUAUUGUAUUGUAUAGUAUAAUGAUUGGAAGGACUGUAUCGUUCACUAUUGUGGAAUAAUAGUUUAAUUGUUUGGCUUGA